AUGCCGCCGCGCUUCACGUCAUUCAAGUCUGUGUGGAACAAGGUGAUGCGUAAGAACGAUAUCGAGAAUGCGGUGUCACCGGAGAAGCCUAUAGUGCCUAAGCGGACACCUCUGCAACUCAGCACGUCAAAUGCUGCAUUAUCAAGCUCUUCGUCAUCUACCAUACGGUCACAGGCACACAGGGGUGGAACAAGGUUCCAAUCGACGCUGUCAGAAGACGGCGAUGGUUCAACACCGUCUCUUAGCGUGCCACACAGUUAUGAAGAACACGCUGUUUCAGAUGCAUCAUGCCGUUCGGGCGUAUACAGCGGAGGUGCGACCAGCGUAGCCAAUCAUGGCCCACGUAGCAGCAAGACACCACGCACCGCUGGCUCUGAUCCCAACUGUCCAGUUGGCAGCGGGACACCGCUGCCGAACACACGUGGCACUGCGGACAGUUGUGGAGAUCGCACACCUUUUGACACAUCCCAGGCAAGAUACACGGGCCCAAGCCCGUUGACUCAACAGGGGUCUAAUCAAGCUGUGUCUCAGGGAACUCAACGUGGACACCACACCAUGACACAACAAGGAACGCAACAAAAUAUAUCACGUGGCUCUCUUUCAGCAAUGGACGUGGAUAUACACAACUCGCCACUCCGCCAAGCUCCGCAUGAUAUGCAUCAAGGCGUCCAAACGCAGCCAUUUCAACAGAGGGACAACUUUGGAAUGAAUCCGGGGCAUCCGUACCCGCAAUCUCAGGUCAUGCAGCCAGCUGUUCAAGAACACUUCCAGCAGCCCAUGCCACGCAUUAUGCAGCACGAUUUGCACGAGGAAUUUGCACUCGAGUGCACUCAUGAUCCGCUGGAUGCGGGAAUGUUCCGAGCGCUGAUCUUCACCGACACUCACUUGGGGCACAAGGAGUCGGAUUCUAUCCGGGGAAAUGACGCCUUCAACGCAUUUGAGGAGGCCUUGUUGCUGUCAAAGGGUCUUCGCGUGGACGCUAUAUUUCACUCGGGGGAUCUGUUUGACGACUCCCACCCAUCACGUGGCGUGAUGUACCGCGCCAUGGAGAUGUUGAGGCGGCAUUGCCGGCGCGGAGAUGAAACCAGCGAUGGGACAACGAUGCCGCUUGACAUAGAGAUCCCCAAAAGCUGCAGGCCGCGUAACGAGGACCAAAGGAGGGCAGCGUUGAAAGGAAUGGACAUGCAAAUUACACAAGAGCGAAGGGUACCAUUUUUUGUAAUCCACGGGAAUCAUGAUAACCCAACUGCGCUAAAUGGUCUCUCUCCCAUCGACUUGUUGGACGUCUCAGGACUGGUCACCUUUUUUGGCACGGCGAAUGACAUGAAAAACGUCACGUUGCACCCGAUACUGAUCGGCAAGGGAAACAUUAAGGUGGCGCUGUACGGUUUGGGCUGGGUUAAGGACGAAUGCCUGUACGAGGCCUUCGAAGGUGGCCGCGUGCAUUUUAUUCCCCCGGACGAAUCGGAGCAUCAGUGGUUUAAGGUCCUACUUUUCCACCAAAAUCGCUAUGCUCGCAGAGGAAAGGGGGUGAAAGACUACAUACCGGAGUCGUUUCUUCCCGAAUGGUUGGACCUGGUGAUUUGGGGGCACGAACACGAAUGCCUCAAGUUCCCGCAGAGAACCGAAUCGGGGAAUUUCCAGGUAUUACAACUGGGGUCCACGGUACACACGUCGAUGGCUCAGGCUGAAAUGGCGCCUAAGCAUUGCUGUCUCAUGGAGUUGGGGCCGGACGUUGUCCACUUUUCCCCAAUCACCUUGGAAUCCGCGCGCCAACUACACUACAGCGAUAUUACACUUUCUCAACUAGGCAUCGCGCAAGGCAGCGAAAAGGAGAUAUGGUCGAGGCUCUCGUUGAUGGUGGAGCACGUCUUGCGCGCUAUGCGCAAUAGGCCGAAGACAACACUGCGUGUAUCUGAAAUAGCCCACAUUAUCGUGCCGCGAAAAGCCAAAUUCAGGUUAGAAAAGGUCAUUCAAGAUGCCGAAAGCCUACCUCUUGUCAGGUUACGGGUGGAACAUACGGGAUUCGACUCCAUUAAUCCGCGUACAUUUGGCAACGAUUUCGCCAACAGAGUUGCAAACCCCGCCGAUAUGUUGAGGUUCUGGCAGAAACAAAGCAGACACCAACGUUCGGAUGAUGAGGCGGAUGAAAGUAGUCCUAAGGACAUAAAGAUGGGCGGCGGCACCAGUGUUGGCGUCGACGUCAGGAGUCAUGUUUUCCCAACCAUUGAAAAUAAGCUGAAACUCAAGGUCCUUCUGGAGCGUGACCUAAAUGGAGCUGUCGAGCGUUUUGCUGCUGGACAGGAGGCACAAUCUAUAGCAGAAUAUGUACGAAAAACCGUGGAGGACAUGCGGAAGAUUCUACACAAGGAGAUGGCAGCACAUAUUGGUGAACAACUCUCUGAUGACGUCUACGGAGAGUUGGUGGAGCGUACGGUAGUGGCACAUACUGAAACCGUCCGCGCUUCACAGGGACUAAAUGCAUCACACACUAGUACCAGUGCGGUGUUGAACGGAUCACUUUCAAACCUGCCCUGCGAUGACAAUAAGGACGCCAUCAAGGUGCAACAACCCGAUAAACUUCCGCCACCCAACAACUCCAUCGGUAUUAACGACACCGUGAUGGCAAGCAAUGCUGACAAUGACACUAAUCGCGAUGCACUCAAAGGGCCAGGGGUGCUGAAUGUGAGCCAAUCCAGCAAUGCCUCUUUGGGACUAAGCCGUUAUGCGUUCAAAGGCGCUCCUUCAAAACUGGGCACAUCUGCUGGUAUGGUUAUGAACAGAUCGUUGGACGAGGCUGACUUAACAAAGGUGAACGCGUCGUUAAAUGCAAACGAUACCGUGAAAAUGAAUUCGUCAAUUGGAGUAAAUGGCACCGUGAACAUGAAUUCUUCAAUCGGCAUAAAUGGCGCAGGGAGCGAUAUUGCUUCCGUUGACUUGAGUGACUCCGUGGAUUUGGGCUCUUCCAUGUUGGGUAGCGGGGAUGUAAUGACGGAUUUCAUGCCAGAAUCUCCAUCCCGUCUCAACCAGUCGAGGAAUCUGUCCCGCUCUGAACCCGGGGUGCUCCGCACAUCAGGAAAUACGUUCAUCACGUCUUCUUUGGGACACAACCAAAACACACAAUCUAAAAUACUAGAACACAUGGCUCGGCUGAAGUCUAGGGCUGCCUUGGCAAACGAGGUUAAGGUUAUUCCCAGGAAUCCGCCAUCGCAUAGCAAUAAAGAGGCCUCAACACCGCUGCGACAUUCGACGCAGGCGAAUGCGGGCGUGGAGCAAAAGCGCAGUCGUGUGGAUCUACCGGUCAGCCAAAACGUGCUAGAUAUAGCUGCUGCUGCCGUCUCACAGAGUAAGCGUGCGUGUUUGGACGAGUCUGGGCGUUAUUCGGCAGCGGGAAGCAGCUCAGACUUGCCUAACCCACUGCAGGACAUGGGUUGCGUUGUAAGUAGUCUGAGUUACGGAGACGUGAGCCCGGUAACCCACGAUGCACAUCCGCUCAAGCUCUCCGACUUCGACGAUUUGGCACUGUCCACAGGUGCUGGUGGCGCCCUAGACCGUUCUUGUGGCGGCGGUGUCGCUGCUGAACGGAGCAACAUCACUCUCACGCCGGCAGCUGCCCUGGCUUCAGUCACAACGCCGCGCCAAUCGCAUACUCCGGCAGCCGACCGGUUGCCAUUAGGAGGGGAAGAACUGUCGCCAGAUAAGUCUCAGGGACGAGGGGUUCCUGACCCGCAGGACGACGCAAACGAAGAAUCAAGCCAACGCAGCUUCUCUCAAGGAUUCCGAAACACUCUCAUAUCGAUGUUCUUCAAGAAGAAGUAG